UCCGGAGGAACCCAUUCCUGAGACUCCUAGGGGAGGGAACGGACCGGAUCGGAUCGGACACGAUCAUAAUCAGAAGAGGCAGACCUUGAUAGACAUCUGCCCAAGCCGGAAAAUCAUGGCCACCGCUCAACGAAUUCACCCUGCUCAGAAAAAGAAGAUCAGUGGGUGGACAAACAUUAAAAUGCCGAGCGAAAUUAUCACCGUGGAAGAGUCGCAGCUCGUGGUGAAGCAGCUCUUAGCUGUCAUCCUGUCUGCCAUUACCUACAUGAGGGGGCUGUUUCCAGAAUCCUCAUACAGGACCUACUUCCUCGAUGGUAAUGCUUACAAGGUCCUUCAAGAUGAUGUAAACUGCCCUGGGGUGAACGAGAUUCCCAAGUGGGUCGAAGGUUGUUUUCAAGCUAUGGAAAGGAAAUAUUUACGCAGUGUCAAGUUUACAAUUCAAAGCCAUUCGAACCAGAAGAAUAAAACCGAGGCAUACGUGUUCUAUUUCAAGUACCCCGAAGAGGGAACCGAGAUGAAUUCAUGGAGCAACCAGGGCUACAGUAUGGGAAUAAGCUCGGAGGUGAAACGAUCUAUCCCGCUGCUCCUUGAGAAAUUGUCCCAGUUGAUAAAAAAACUCAAUUCCCUCCCCAGUAACGUGGGACUGUCCAUGAAACUCUUCUAUUACAAUGACGUAACCCCAAAUGAUUACCAACCGUUGGGUUUUCAGGACUGGGAAUCCUCAGAGAGUUUGGAAUUUAACCCCCACCAAAUGAACAUGAAAUUGAUCUCCACCCAACACCACAUGGUGAAACUGAAAAUCCUGACGGAUGAGUGCCUGGAGAACCAACUGGAUAAACCUCAGGAACCUGGUGCCAUUGAAGCAGUAACGGACAAGGAAAAGAAGGCCGUUCCGAUGGACGCACGGGAUUCGGGCGAGAACGAGGAGAAAUUAGUGUUUCCAAGCAAGAGGAAGUUGGCCAGGAAGUAGAAGAGACCUUCCUGCUACCCGGAGGAGUGUGGAAACAAGUUAACGGCUUCCCGGUUGUUGUUGUUGAAAGCCUCUUAAUGUGAAACAAAUAUGCACAACCUCCCCUUUGGAAAGUAAGAACCUUUACAGUGUGUUAAAUUAACUGGGAAUAGCCUCCUUAGUUUGUUAGUGUUUAGCUUUAUUUGCAGUAAGAGUAGUUCAUAGCCUGUCCUCUCCUACCUCAGUGGCAGGGACAAGAGGGAGACUCCACUGAUUCUUUUUUUUCCCCCUUGGAAGAUUUCCCCUUUUUGCCAAAGAAAGCAAAUUCCUUUUUCUUUUGUCUUCUGAUUUUAUUUAAUGGCUCUAAGCCACUUGCCCCUCCCGGUGGGCUGAAAGUUUUCUCCAUCUGGCUAGUGGCUUUACACCCAAAAGCCAGCUUAUGAGGAGGGAUUGUAGUUGGGAUAGGAGGCUCUCCUCUUGGGCUCGCCGUUCUGACCCCAUGCCUCACUUUACCCUCAAUGAGGACACGGGCCACCUUCUUGUGUUUCAGAAGUUUUGUCCAACGGUAGUGUUAGGUAGCUAAGUAGCUAAGAAAAUUUUUCUCUGGGCUAUUUGCCUCCUAUAGAGUUAAUAAUCUAAAAAUCAUAAGGCUGAGUAAAGUAAUAGGUUUUAAGUAGGUUUUAGUAAAGUAAUAGGCUUUAAUGCAAUGGAAAAAGUAGCCAUAGAAAUAAAAGUUGUUCAAAUUUUAUGCCAU